AUGUCUGAUGGCUCUGACUCAUCAGAAUAUGAAUCUGACUCUGGGUCUGCAGCAAUCAGUCAGUCAUUGGUCUCCAAUGCUCAAAUGCCACAAAAUGAGGACAUGGAGAUCAUUCGGCGCUUGCAACUUGAAAACCAAACACUUAAGAAAGACAACCUCCCAGAUGAGCUGAAGGCUUUUGAUGCUGAGCUUGCGACUUUUUCCUGCAAGUAUGGCAUUAUUGCAGAGAUGUUCCCACCCAUGCACUGUGUUCUCAAACUUACUGUGCCAAAUCCUCCACCCACCAUCCUAUCUGGGAGUCACUAUGAAACCAAGAGUGCAGAAGAACUCUGUCUUGUGACAGAACUAUACUCACUUCUCCCGGAUCAUCUUCAUCGCUUCGUACCAACUACUCAUUUUCAAUCUUUGCUGGAACACCAUCUUCAAGGUGGCCGCUCAAGCGAGAUUGGCAAGCUGCGGGUGAUGACAGGGCGUAUUUUCGGCCUUGAUCCAUCCUACUUUAACACCAGUUUUACGAAGCGAGACAUGAUCCCUGAAAUCCAGAAGCUCCUUGGUCGUUCUUUGUCAUCGAAGUUUCUGCCUAUCCUUUUUACGAGGCAAGAACUGGACCCCACAAUGUCAACAGUCUUUGGCAACUGGGAACUGCUCGCAAAUGCAAUUAGAAUUGUAAUGUUCGGGAAAAAUUCGCUUGACAUUGUUGGGUGGCCGCGCGCCAAGUGUAAUGCCCAAAAAUGGGGCAUAACAUUGUGCACCCCUGGUCUUCUUUCCUGGGGUUGGGUCGCAUUGAUCUUUAUUCUGUCCCUGGACACUUCGUUCACCAAGGACAAACAACUAUGGGUCACACUUUGGGAAGAACCACGCAUUGUCUCAAUCCACCAAAAAAUUGAUGCGCAUGUCUGGCAGUCAUCAACUUCCAAUGCCAUUGUGGCUUCAGAAGCCGAAGGCGAAGACUUCACAUUCUACCUGAUGCACUUGGCCCUCACUAAUGCUGGCCGCAACGAUCCUGAUACUCCAACUACCGAUCUUGUACCACCUCCUGCUAUACCAGUUAUCGCCCCUGCCACUUCAGAAGAUGUCGAUGGUCCCAAACCUGUCCCCGCCCCGGUUCCUGGACCUACUGUUCAAGUUCCAGUCUCUGAUUCAGAAUCACUCGCAGCCAAUCAUCAUGAUGCCAUUGUGCCUUUCGUCCCUGCUGGUCCAGGCAUCACUGAAGUUCCUGAUGUACCUGGACCUAGCAAUGAGGGGACUCUGCCACCAACUGUAGCUUCUGGGACAUCCUCCGCUCAACGGGGCCGAGCAAAAAAGGCUGGGGUACUUGCACCAAUUUCAUUAGUAGUGGAUCCAGAUCCAGGUGCAGCAGGGCAGCGGUGUGGCUGGGCAACAAGAACUCGCAAAAAGUAG